AGCUGGGCUUGGCAUAGACGGGUUCUCUCAACAAAUGAGCACGUAAUGAAAGCUACCUGAUCAGGAUAUCAUUCCUCAUGUAUAAAAUGCAUUGCAUGCCAAGCCGCGGCGCGCCGGUAGGCUAGGCGGCGGCCAGUGCAGUGCCAACAUGGAGGCGCGCAGUGGUUCAGAAACUAGUAGUGGCACUGCUGACCAGAAGGACACCGAGAAUCUUCCGUGUCCGGUCUUGAUGUCCAUCAAGACGCUGCGGCAGCUCGUCAUCAACAACAUAGAACACUACCAGAAAUCCAAGAGCAGCAGCGGGGAGAAGUUCUUCACUGUCUUCUGUCUUAUCGAGCAGGAGAGCGAUGCCGUGCGGCCGGCGGUGGAGACCCUUGCCGCCAUCGCGCCGCGGUUCGACUACGACGAGCUGACGCCCGGCAACGGUUAUCGGAGCCUAAUCGGCGUAGUGGACUGCUGUGUGGAAAAGCUGAUCCAGAUCUCGCGGUAUAUCGCCGUCAACAGGGACAGCCUGCUGUUCAGGGCUGGUCACUACUUGAGGGAGCUGGAGGCCUACAGCAAAGUGCUGAGCCAGCUGCGAGUGCUUCUCAGCUACGGAGAGAAGCUCCUGGCCUAUUCCGAAGUGGACAAGUGUCAGCUAUUUCCAGAGAAGGAUCAGCUGGAGCAGAUGCCACAGGACAUCAUGUUGGAGGUCCAGGCUCUGGACAGAGAGUGCUUCUAUGGACGCUGCUUGGGUUUUCAGUUCUGCGAUAGCAUUUGGCAGUCCCUGCAGACCGUGGCCGUUGCAUUGGCAUCCUACAGUGAGGGAUACCACAAACACGAAGGCACAUUCUCCAGGGCGGCCUCCUCAAUAUUCCAUGGGAGUCGAUAUUUGACCAAUCCCGAGGCCAGGGCCAAGCAGAUCGUUAACGUCACGAACAAGUCGGACAUCAAGUUUUGCAAAGCAUUCUGGUCCAUCACCGAAGGGGACGUGAUCGCUGAGAUGUGCAAUCUCAUGGCUGGUUCUGUUGCCAUCAACAAGCUGAUCCAGAUCCAGCCACACACAUUUGAGUUAGAUGGAGAAGACGGAGAACCAGUGACAAUUGUCCCGCCGUGCGCUCACACCGGGCCAGGCAAUGUGCAGAUUCGACUGUUGUCAUUUGUGGAACGCGAUGGCCAGGGCUGGUUGCAUGAUGUCUCCCCACAAGGAAAAAGCAAAGGAAAAGAGGAGAUACCUCCCAAGUCAGUAGCUCCCAUAUCAAAGGGCAUGCUCAUACAUAUUCAUGGAGGAGGCUUUGUCGCCCACACAUCCAAAUCGCACGAGAUCUACCUCAGGUCCUGGGCAAGGGAUCUAGGAGUUCCCAUUGUUUCCAUCGACUACUCACUGGCCCCAGAGCAGCCCUUCCCCAGAGCGUUUGAGGAGUGUUUCUUUGCCUAUGCCUGGGCUUUGAAGAACGCGCAGUUUCUAGGAUCCACCGGUGAGCACAUAUGCCUGGCGGGAGACAGUGCAGGUGGUAAUCUGAGCGUCGCCGUGGCAAUGAGAGCAGCCUCGUACGGCAUACGUGCUCCCGACGGAGUGGUGGCGCUGUACACGCCAUUCAAUGUCCAUUAUCAGCCGUCACCAUCCCGUAUGCUCAGUCUGCUGGACCCCCUGCUGCCCAUUGGCAUCCUGAUCCGAUGCCUCGCGGCCUACGCCGGUCUAGAGGAGGAGUUCAUAUCCCAAGAGGUGGCCAACGCCAUCGUCCAGAAGGCCAAUGACAAGUUCCAGGUGGCCACGUCCGGCAAGUCGUCGCGGGGAAGCAGCGUGCGGAGCACGGACUCGUGCAGCAGCCAGGACGCCCACCAAUCCCAGAAUGUCGAUGAGAAGCCGAAGGCGAGUGACGCAGACGCAGACAGCAACACCCAGUCUAGGAGCGAGGAAGACGAGGAUGCUUUCCUGAGGACGUUGGAAAUGACCGAUGCAUGGUCCCCGGAUGUGGAUGAGGGAGAGCUCAAGUUGCCGGAUAGUGGCAUAGGUGUGGCCAUUUCCAAGAUGGAGAAACACGAGUCAGUAACGCCAAACGGGAAUGUCCCCCACGGUGAGCCAUUGGAUGAACCAGAGCCAAUUGCUGUUGUCGAUCCCAGCGUUCCUCUGGGUUCCCCGUCCCAGAGGUCAAAGGUUAUUCACCAGCCAAAAGAUUCAGAUGGCAUGACUGGAGAUCAGAAAUCGACGACAAACGCUGUGUUGCCAGACAAUAACAACAUGACACCCACUCUGAAGAGGGAAAGUUUGACCCUUGACCUCGGGGAGGAGCCUGUCGUGAAGAGAGGGCCAGAAACGCCAUCGGCAUAUGUGACAUCCCCAAUCAGACGACUGCGCGAGGUGCCAAUCAUGAAGAAUUCUUACAUGUCUCCUUUGUUUGCCACAGACGAGCUCUUGAAGGGUCUCCCUCAAGUUCACAUCAUUGGUUGCACCUUUGAUCCCCUCUUGGAUGACUCUAUCAUGUUCGCCCGCCGUCUGCGUUCCCUAGGCUGCCCGGUCCAACUGGAGAUCAUCGACAAACUCCCCCACGGAUUCCUCCUCUUCUCCCCUGUCGGUAAGGAGAGCAAGGCAGCCUCCAUGGUCUGUGUCAAGCACAUCAUGAAGGUAUUGUAUGGCUUUGACGCCAAGGAAGAGGACGAAGAGUUUUCCGAGCUUGGCUCAGAAAUCUGUUAAAUAAAUUUUUUUGGGGAGGGGGGAAGUAUUUCUUGGUUCUGUAUCAAAGAGAGAAAAUUGACGUGUAAAGCUUUCGGUUCUUUUCAGUUCCAUCUAGGAGAAAGAACUGGAGCUGAAGGAACAUUGACUUCUAAAACUGGUUUGGGAUUUAGCAACUCGACGUUCAGAAAUAUGCUAUGCAGAGGAAAUGUGUGCCCAGCAAAAAUGGGUUACCGGUUAAAAUGCAGUGCAAUCGUGUGCGGCCUGUCAGUCUGAUUCUUACUUAGCACAUACAUUUACAAACUUCUCUGCAUAGUAUGUCCAUUUAAUUGAGCCUAGAAUUGACCUACAGUGUACCUGUGUUGCCGGUUACAGGUUAGCCACGCCUCUUAGCGUGCCCUGCGUCCAUUUUGUGUAUCAUGUACAUGUAAUUGGAAAAUACCAGUACAAGCUGGAUUAUUUCCAUGCCCCUGUGAUAGGGUCAGAACUGUAUAAGCUCCUUACCAAAGUAGUAAUUAAUACAUAGAUUGUGACAUGUCAAUAGGAAAUCCCGCUGUUGUGUAUUUUCUUUGGUCGUACAAUAGCUAGAAGUUGAUCAUUGUAUUCUGAGAGAUGUCAGUUCAGUUUGUGAUUGUGAAAAGAGAGAAGAGUCAAGGGUCACCUGUAGGCCUACUGUGCUUGCCAAGCAGAAGGCAACAGCUAGCAAUGGUGAUCGGUGCUACAGUGAAAUUUCCGGCUGAAAGGUUUUAGAGCCAAGAAAAGGAAGUGUGACAAUGGAAUGAUUUCAGGAUGCACCUGACAUUAAAUUAAAUGCAUAAGUUGAGUUUAUUCAAGCCAAAGAUCGUAUAGCGCCGAAGGCGCAAGAUGGAUAACUCUGCCCAAAAGGUGUAAUUACCACAAGGGCCAUUUGAGCAAGAGAUACACCUGCGCAGUUUAUGGUAAUGCUUGGGCGCAGGCUCACCAGGUGUACAU